ACGGCGGCUGUAAAUUACUAGAUGAAAGGAUAGUUAGGAGUAACAAAGUGCUAUUACUGCGUGGACCUCAAGGCACCACAUACCUGACCAGAGCGCAUGCAAUAGUGGGUGUGUGGGACUAUUUAAGCUCAGGCUGCUCCCUCAUGCUCCAUCCACUGCGCGGAUCUUCCACACGACUUCAGUAUAUCUUCUCCUCACACAGAUUCAACAUGACGGCUGAGGGAGAGGCUGCGCUGGGAUCUAUAGACAAUCCAAUCAAGUUUAAAAGACAAGACUAUAAGACUUUGUUGGAGACAUGCCUCGCGUCCGGCCAGCUCUUUUCCGAUCCCUGGUUUCCCGCAGAACACAAGUCCAUCGGGAUGCCAGAAGACCCCGACCCCCAAAAGGUGAUCAAGUGGAUGCGGCCAAAGGCUAUCACUCAGACUGCAGUGUUUGUUGAGGGGACUACUGGGACCACUGACAUCUGCCAGGGCCAACUUGGGAACUGCUGGUUACUGGCUGCCCUGUCCAGUCUGACGAUGCACCCCCAGCUCUUUGUCAAAGUGGUACCACCAAACCAAAGUCUGUCAGAGCCGUACGCAGGCAUCUUUCGCUUUAAGUUCUGGCAGUAUGGUGAGUGGGUGGAAGUGGUGGUGGAUGACCGACUGCCAGUGCGCCAGGGCCGUCUGCUCUUCAGCUACUCUCACACUCGCAAUGAGUUCUGGAGCGCCCUGGUGGAGAAGGCCUAUGCCAAGCUCAUGGGGUCUUAUGGGUGUUUGAAGGGGGGCAACAUUUCAGAAGGCAUGGAGGAUUUCACCGGUGGAAUUGCAUACUCCCGUCCAGUCUUGUCUCGUACACCUCCAGUGUUUUGGAGGCUGCUGACAAGUGCCCUGUCCCGAGGCAGUCUACUGAGCUGUUUUAUUGAGGCACAAAGCUACAGGGAGGUUGGAGUUGUGACAAAUGAAGGGUUGAUCAAGGGACAUGCCUAUGCUAUAACGGACACCGACAAGGUGCAGACAGGCUCGGAAGAGACUUUGCUGUAUAAGUUGAGAAAUCCCUGGGGUUUUGUUGAAUAUCGUGGGCCAUGGAGUGAUAAAAGCAAAGAGUGGGAUAGUGUAGAUGAAGCUGAGAAGGAGAGGGUUGAACUCAAAAGAACUGAAGACGGAGAGUUUUGGAUAAGUUCUGAGGACUUCAGUCGCUUGUUUAAUAUUGUGGAACUAUGCAGUGUCAACCCUGAUAUGCUAGAGGGAGAGUCUGCUCCUGAAUUCACUUGGACCAUCACUGAACAUGAAGGGUUUUGGGUGCCGGGAAGCUCCGCCGGAGGAAGCCGCCAAUACAGACGCACUUUCUGGACAAACCCGCAGUACGAGUUAGUCCUCACUGAAAAGGAUUUGGAUGAUGAAGAUGACGAUGAGGAGGAGGAGGAUGACGAAGAUGAUGAGGAAGCUAAUGAGGAGAGUACUGUAACAGACAAUAAGAUGACUGAGAAACAGGAGAAGAAAGCCAAACAGUGCACUGUGGUGGUGGAGCUGCUGCAGAAGGACCGCAGGCAGAAAGAUAGAGUGAACUUCCUCUACAUCGCUUUUCAUAUCUACAAGGUUCCUCCUGAGCUUCAGGGCCAAUGUCUGUACAGCUCCUUCUUUUCCAAGACUCGUCCUAUUACUCGAUCUGGAAAAUACAAAGCACAAAGGGGUGUGUGGAGAAAGGUGCAUUUGGACCCAGGUUACUAUGUCAUUGUGGCCUCCACGUACAAACCAAACCAACCAGGAGAGUUCUUCAUUCGCAUCUACUCCAAGGCAGGGAACACACUGGGGACUCAGGAUUUUAUUUGCUCUUCAGAUUUUCUGCAGGUUAUGGCCCUUCCUGUCUCUCCAGAGGACCACGCUCAUGUUGAGAAGAUGUUUGAUGAGACAGCUGCUGGAAAUGACAAGCUAUCUGCCAAGGAGCUAAGGAAGCUCUUCAACUCUGUUCUCAAAAAGGAUUACCAUCUGCCAUUAGACACCUGCAGACAGCUCAUAUUUGCAGAAGAUACCAAAGGGCAUGGCAGCCUAAAUCGCAAACAAGCAGAGAAUGUGAUGACCAGGCUGCGCGCUCUACAGGAUACUUUUCUCAAAUUCGAUGAGGACUCUUCUGGGACCAUGAGCUCCUUUGAACUCGGAAAUGCUCUGACAGCAGUUGGUAUACAGUGUGAUACCAAAGUGGUGCAGUUACUGUGUGAGAGAUUUGCCUCUGGACAGCUUCAGAUGCCCUUCCAUGGAUUUGUGGCCAGUGUGACUAGACUGAACAAGCUUUUUGCUUUGUAUGAUUCAGAGACCAGCCAGGAGGUAAAAGACAGAGGCAUUAACGCUUGGCUGCUCCAGUUCUUGGUGAUGUGAGAAUUUUCAGUCAAGUGGCUCUACUUGGACUCAGCCAACAAUGUAACACCACUACUUGUUAUUGGACAUGUAUCCUAACCCAAUGUACCAUUUAAGCACAAGAAAUGCAACUACAUUGAUAUAUUACUUUUAUACCCGUGAGCAUAUUUCAGUACUUU